CAGAGAGAAAAGUUUAAGUGUAAAAAAUGGAUGCUAAAGGAUUUCAAGGAAAAGAUAAACUGAAUAUGCUCAUAAUUUUACUAGCAUAUUUGAUAAGUGGGGUAAUUUGUGAGACUGGAGAUUGCAGAGAGCAAGAAUUUAGGGACCACACUGGAAACUGUAUCCCCUGCAAGCAAUGUGGACCUGGAAUGGAACUCUCAAAGGAAUGCGGCUUUGGAUACGGGGAGGAUGCACAGUGCAUGACAUGCAGGCCAAACAGAUUCAAGGAAGACUGGGGCUUUCAGAAGUGCAAGCCUUGUCUGGAUUGUGCCUUAGUUAACCGGUUUCAGAAGGCCAACUGUUCUGCCACCAGCAAUGCACUAUGUGGAGACUGUUUACCAGGGUUUUAUAGGAAGACUAAGCUUGGAGGUUUUCAAGACAUGGAAUGUGUUCCUUGUGGUGAUCCUCCUCCUCCCUAUGAGCCUCACUGUACCACCAAAGUAAACCUUGUGAAGAUCCCAUCAACUGCAUCCAGUCCUCGAGACACUGCUCUAGCAGCUGUUAUAUGCAGUGCACUUGCAACAGUGCUCUUAGCUCUUCUUAUUCUUUGUGUCAUCUAUUGUAAGAGGCAGUUUAUGGAGAAGAAACCAAGCUGGUCUCUGAGAUCCCAAGACAUUCACUACAACGGCUCGGAAUUGUCAUGUUUUGAUAGGCCACGGCUGAACGACUGUGACCAGAGAACUUGUUGCCAGUGCCAGCGAAGCACAUCACAGACAUGUGGACCAGUUCACUUGAUCCCAUCACUGUGCUGUGACGAAACCUGUAGCAUGGAACCCAGCAGUCACAGCUGUGCUUUCCACUCACAGACUACGCUGAAUGAAAGGGCUUCUGAUUCUGUUGGAGAAAUGAUUCCUGCCUUCCUUGGUUCUCUUUCACACUCCACCUGUGGAGACAUUUCAGAUGCUUGGCCACUUAUGCAAAACUCAGCUUGUUAUGACAGCAUUUCUUUCUGUGAAUCAUACUCAGAACUAGCUGGAGGAUCUGCAAAAUCCUGCAGUCCUGAGACUGAAAGUGCAGCCCUUGUUGAGUCGGAUAAUAACCAGGAUCUAAGGGAAGUACUUAUUUCAGUUAAGUCUCUUGAUGGAAGCAUUGCAAAGUCCUUUGAAAUCUCCAAACACAGAACAUGCAUGGAGGUUUCAUCACUUCAGGACUCGGCGGCUGCUGAAACCCAGCCAAAGACACGGUGUAAUGGAACAGCAAAUGACUCGACAGACUGAUAAAGAGGUAA